AUGCAGAUUGUCACUGUCUUAUCCAUUGAAGAGCCGCUUGCAACAGUUGCCGUGGUGACUCAGACUCUUCAUUGUACACCUGCUGCCUCUUUGCAUGCACCCCCUGGUCGACCCUCUUUUCAGCACCAGGAGAUCUGCACCCUGUCCUCUGUCCCAUCCCCUGACUCACCGCGGAGGCACCCUGGGGAGACGAGCAGGGGUGGGGGCAAGACCGUGAUUCACCCGGCGGGAGCGUGCAGAGCUGAUUCACUUGUGUGGGCCGUGAAACCUGAGCAGUGGGCCAAGAGAAAGCACCGUGACACAGGCGGUAAGAAGGGCAUAGUCUCUGGAUCUUCUUUGUGCCUUUGGCAGGAGACAACAGCUGUGGAUAAAGACACGCGCCGCCCCUUUAAGAGUUCAAAACACAUUUAG